UAAUUAAACUUACAAAUGACAAUAAUUGAGUAGUAAAAACUGACAAUGGGCUUCAGCUUGAGGUAGAGCAAACUGUCUGUGGAUCCCUGUAGUACAGUUUACAUAGCUAUAUCUUCUUACCUUGGUGAACUUGUAUCCCACUAUCUUGUUUACUUACACCCAAACAUUCACACACAAACACAGGGGAAGUGAGAGUGAGUGUGUGACAAGUGUAUUACUCACACUCCUGAUGAUAAAACUACUCUUGACAUUUCAGUGUUUUCUUACUCUAGUCUUGGACCCCCUCUUGGCACCUGCAUGCCAGGCAUGCUCCACAAUGUUGUUAAGAUCAAGUUGUAGAAAGCUUAUCAUCAUCAUCAGUGCCUUUCCUACUACAGAGGUAACAGCUGUCCUCAUGUAGAAAACACAGCACUACACAAUAAUGAUGCAGCAACCCAUAGACCGUUCAAUACUGAAAGUGCAUCUCCCCAAUGGAGGGUUCAACAUGGUGAAAUAUGGGGAUGCCACAGACGUCAAGGAUAUUAUCAAGUUGGUUGUUGGUCGACUGGCUGCAGGUGAGAGAGUGUUUGCAAGAUGCUUUGCCCUGAAACUUGUUGUGAUUUCUCAGCGACAAGGCUUUUGGCUACACAAUGAUCUCAGUAUGUAUCAGGUCAGGCAGAAGUAUGAAGCAAAGUGUCUGCCAGAAGACCUUCGUUAUGAGUUACGAGUUCGAUACCUACCCAGAAGUAUUCAAGAACUUCACCAAAAAGAUAAAGUAACAUUUUAUUAUCUUUAUGAUCAGGUGAGGUCAGAUUACUUAAAAGAGAAAGCAGACCACAUUGACCCAGAGAUAGCCAUCAAGUUGGGCUGCAUUGAAAUGAGACGUUUUUUUAAAGAUAUGCCACAAGUUGCCUUAGACAAGAAGUCCAACUUUGAUUACUUAGAGAAAGAAGUUGGUUUCAAACGCUUUUUGCCAAGAUCUGUGAUAGAUAGUAUGAAGUCCAAGUCCCUCCGCAAGAUAAUUCAGCAGCAGUUUCGUUGUUAUGCCCAGCUGACAGAGUCGGAGUGCGUCUUCAAAUUUUUUGAGACUUUAUCUUCUGUUUAUAAUUUUAACCAUGAAAGAUUUCGUUGUGCCUUAGGGUCUGGUUGGAGCAUCUCUGUAGAAAUUGUGAUAGGUCCAGAUGUUGGUAUUAGUUAUUUAACAGAGAGAGCCUCUACACCCACCCACAUGGCAGAUUUCGUCCAAGUCCAGUCUAUCCACACAAUGACUGGAGAUGACAACAAAGGGGUAGUGCAGCUCAAAAUUGUUGGGGCAUCUGAGCCACUAACAAUUACAUGUAAGACUUUAGAUGAUGUGGAGGACAUGGCUGACCUUAUAGAUGGCUAUUGCAGGCUAGUCCAUGACAUGCAAGGAACACUGUGGAGUAAAAGAGAUGACUCCAUACCCAGAACACCGAAAGUGAAUUAUCCAAGGGGCGGACCUGGCAGGACAGAGGACAUCUUCUCAGGAAAUGAAAGAAUAUCGGACUAUGCUGAAAUUGUGGAAGAAGAAGAUGACUAUAGCACCCCUGAUGGAAAACCAAAAAAACGCAGUGUUCGCCGCAAGUCAAGAGAUUAUGAAAUCCCAAGAGAUCACUUGAGGCUUGUGGAGAUACUGGGCGAAGGACAGUUUGGAGAUGUUUAUAAAGGCAUGUUCUUUGACAAGACUGGAACCCAAGUGCCUGUAGCUAUAAAGACAUGUAAAGAAGAUGGUGAGGAAUGUAUGGCUGAGAAGUUUCUAGAAGAAGCUUACAUUAUGCAACAGUUUGAUCAUCCACACAUUGUGAAACUUAUAGGCAUAUGUUCAGAUACUGCACCUGUCUGGAUUGUCAUGGAAUUAGCCAAGCAUGGAGAGAUGCGAGCAUACCUCCAGAACAAUCAGCCCCAUCUGGACCUUGUCAUGUUGAUACUGUAUUCUUAUCAACUCAGCACAGCCUUAUCUUAUUUAGAAAGUAAAAAGUUUGUACAUAGAGAUAUAGCAGCCCGUAAUGUUCUUGUGGCAUUUCAUGACAAUGUUAAGCUGGGAGACUUCGGCCUGUCUAGAUGGGUUGAGGAACAGAGCUAUUAUAAAGCAUCCAAAGGCAAGCUUCCCAUCAAGUGGAUGGCUCCUGAGUCAAUCAACUUUCGCAGAUUUACAACAGCUAGUGAUGUUUGGAUGUUUGGUGUUUGUAUCUGGGAAAUUUUGAUGUACGGUGUGAAACCUUUUCAAGGUGUCAAAAACAAUGAUGUGAUUGGUAAAAUAGAAAAUGGAGAACGGUUGCCCUUACCUCCAGGAUGUCCACCAUCAUUGUACAACCUUAUGUGUUCUUGUUGGAUCUAUGAGCCUUCAAAGCGGCCCUCCUUUGCUGAUCUCAAAACUUGGCUCCAUGAAAUUUUAACAGAAGAGAAACACAGACAAGAGGAAGAAAUGCACAGAGAUAACAGGCGAGUUCAGGCCAUAUCCUGGGCCGGUUCCAAUGGAUCUGACGAAGAACCUCCACCACCUCCUAAGCCAGCUAGACCACUGUUUGCAUUGUCCCCAACAGGCUCCACGCCUAACUUGUCAGUCAAUGUUGGGAACUCUUUCAAUUCCAGCGUGGCUUCCCUGCCCCAUCAGUGGAACAGCACCACUAAUCUACCACUGGGUCACAGCACUCCAGCCUCAGGGCCCUCACCAGACACUAAUGCCAUCAAGUCCCAAGUUUCACAGCGAUCUCAAGAUAUACCAAAACCCCUACCUCCUUCUGCAACUCACAUAGAAUAUCAACUACAGAAUUUUUUCCCUUCUGCAAACUCCAUGCAGCAUCCAUUAACCCUGCAGGUCAGCAACUCCAACCAGCAGCCACUCCUCAUCAACCAUCCUCACAUUUCACUGCCCCCCAGAAAUCUAAGUCACCACACACCGCUUGCAGCACCACCACAGGCAGCAUUCCAGCAGCCGCAGCAUUUCAACAGCAGCCAUAAGACCUCUAUGACCAGCCGCCCUGAUCCCCCCACGCUGACUGUACCUCCGCCUCCCCCAGCUGACCAUUUCCAGCUAUCCAGAAAUAACCAGGUGCUCUCCCCUCUUUCGCCACCACCUACACCUCAGGGUUUUACACAACAUCACAGACAUGUUGAGGACGUGGAUGAGGCUGUCAUUGAAAUGAGGUUGAAGCAGCAACAGAAAGAGUCUGAGGAAGACUCCAGAUGGUUGGAGGCAGAAGAGAAAAAUUUGAAACGAGAUUCUGUCGCUCACAACCAUGGUCACAGUGAUAAUACUAAGGAGAACUCCCCACCCACAAUAUCUGGUGUCAGAAGUUUGCCUACAGCAAGGAUACUACAACGAACAUCAAGUAGCACCAGUAGCACAAGUGACUCAACAGAUACUGGAUCAUUACAGAAGAUUUCUAGAGUGAAUGACAGUGUUUAUGACAGUACCACCAGCGUGGUCAGAGCUGUUAUGAUGAUGACCAAAGAGGCACCACAUGUGGAUGCUGAGGGAUACUUGGAGAUGGUGAAAAAAAUUGGCAGUGAGCUGAGAGUGUUGUCCAGUAAAGUGGAUGAAGUAAUGCCAACACUGCCACCUGAAACACACAAACAGAUUGACAUGGCUCAGAAGGUACUGUCAACUGACAUGGCAUCACUAGUCAGCGCCAUGAGACUAGCACAAGAAAAUUACAACACUCCCCUAAUGCCUGACUACAGAAAGAGUAUGCUCAAGUCUGCUCACGCCCUGGCCAUGGACUCCAAGAAUCUUCUGGAUGCUGUGGACUCGGCCAGACUUCAAGCAACCAGUUAGAUUUGUUGUUUUAUUUUUGCCCAGAGUUUCAUUUCUAGCCAUCUCUUCUUCAAUUAUAACUGCCAACACUUUUUGAAUGGAAAUGUCUGUGUCAUUGUGUGUGUGAGGUUCCACUGAAAGUAUAGGGCAACAGGUGCUUCAAAUGCUUACUGUGUAUACAUUGUAACUGUAUUGACUAUUGCUAAGUAUGCUCUAAGAAAUUGUUGCUACAUCUGUCUUGUGUUUCAUGACAGUUUCUUUCUACUACAUGCAGUCUAUUUGACGUUUUGUAACAUAACUAUUUUAAAAUUAAAUUGAAUUUAGGUUACUGAACCGCUUGUCCAGCGUGUCCAGCCAAUCUCUGAUAGCCACUCAGGGCCAGUUCAUGUGGUGCCUAUGCACACUUCUUGUUCAACUACAUCCCCUCCCCCCCCCAUCACCUGCUAUGUAGGUUUUCUAUUUUUCUAUUUCACUUUACAAUAAUGUGUUUGAAACAAAAUAUUUUACAAAAUUGUUACAAAAAAUAUUUUAUCUAUGAUUCAAAAAAUUGAUCACACAUGUUCCUGUAAGUUUUUUUGUUUUUUUUUCCCGGUUUUAAAAUGAUUAAAUCUUGUUUUAUUAAAUGUCAAACUGUCAGUUUCUACUAAUGUAAACAGAAACUUUUGCUAAGUUCAGAUUUAGUUUUAAUCUUUAUGGCUGACUCAGUGAAUACAUAGUUUUACCAUGUAUGCUUAUUUAUUAUUGUAAUGUAUUCUGUUUUUUUUUUUAAUCAAUUUUUUUAAUGUAAGGUCUAACAGGAGUUUGUUGCUUUUCAUGUUACCUUUGCUGUAUAUUGGAGAGAUUGAUUUCAAGAUUGUACAUAGUUUUGACAAAGAUUGAACAUUUUUUUUUGUUGAGAAAGUGUGUAUUUUGUUUAUGUCUGGGAAUCCCCCCCCCUCCCCCCCACUUCUCCCCAUGUGUACCUCAAAUUCAUCAGUUUAGUUAGUGAGUAUCUUAAUUAAGCACUCAUUAGUAGACUUAAUUACCUUCUCUUUCCUGUCAACUUCAUUUGUAUGUCAAGUCAGUCAAAUGUUUCAACUUUCAAUGAACGGGAAAAGGCAGCUGGAAAGAGUUGAGGUUAAUGGAUAUACCAACUCAAACAGUUUUAGCAACUGGAAAUUGGUUCUGUAGGCAAAGGUUGCCUUUCUUGUUUUGUAAUGUUAGAUUAAAUGUAGUGGUCUAUUAUUAGAAAUGAAUGGAAUGUUACAAGACAUCAUGACCUUGAUGGAAUUUGAUGCUUUUUAAUUUCAAGCUUCCCAGAGUUUUAAAUUUGAAAUCUCAUUUUGAAUGGGCAUCUAUGUUUCAUUGUUGUUGUAAGUUCAGUUUGUAGUUGUAUAGGAUGAAAUACUGUGGUAGUACUCAAGGAGGCAUAUUCUUAAGUCUUUUGUAGGAGUCAACAUGAUAAAGUAGCUAUCUUUUGAGCUAUCAACUGUGGUGACCAAGUCACAUUGAAAUAAAGAAUGGAUUUUUAUUUUAUCUGACAGGUAGAAAUGUAUAAUUCAAUAACAGCAGAGUUUCUCUGUUAUUUUUUUGACAUCUAUUAGUGCUGAUAGAAUUAGGUAGAUAGUACCCAUAGCAACAUUCCUAGCUGCCUGUUUUUUUGUUUCAUAACUACUUGUACAUACACAGUUUGACACUGUAAGAAACAUGCCCAUUGACUAGCAGGUUGACUCUCUAGAAAUUAUGUAGUCAGUUUAGUCAGUUAUCUCUGUGGGGUUUAUACAACUGAUAUUGAAAAACUUAGCACAUACAAUAAAAAUGUAAGAUUGAGGUACCAGUUUGCUUGACUUCACCUCCCCUUCACAUAUUCUGUUUAUCUUUCUGUGUUAUUUUUUUUUUGUUCAUGCAAUCAUUUCUUUCCAUAAACAAACUAUUUAUUAAAACUAUUUUUGAAAACUGUUGUGUAUAUAGACAAAAUAAAAUUGUGAAAUGAAAAAAACAA